GACAUUGUGCUGCUAAGUACAGAUCCAGGUAAGUUGCAAGCGUUUCUGGAUAGUUUGAGUGCCAGUGUAGCCAUGUUAGGUAUGCGUUUUGCACCUCCAAAGUGUAAAAUGUUACUUCAAUACUGGGUUGGUCCUGCACCCAGCCUCACUCUAACUGGGGAAGUAAUAGAGCAGGUGGAUAAGUUUUGUUAUUUGGCCAGCUAUAUCAAACCCGGUGGACGCAUCACGGAUGAAGUGUCAGCUCGUAUAAAGAAGGCUUGA